GAAUCUUGUGUAAGUUUCAGCUUUUCAAAACAAGUGAAGAGGGUUGACUUCCUCAGUCUUAUGAACCUCACCUCUUCUUCUUUAGACAAGUGUCUUAAUUCACAGGAAAUUGCUAUACAAGACAUCCGGGCUGUCAAAAUGUACUGAAAGUGUUUACCCCAUUGAGGUGUGCUUGUAUAUAUUAAGGGUGCCCAGGUCAGCCAUCCCACAGUGUAUGAAAGCAUCUCAUCUGGUUAAGCCCUGGAACCACUCCUGAGCUUCUGGACAAUGACUUUCAACAGGAUGAAGACUACAAUCUGCUCCCUUCUCAUCACCAUCUCCCUUCUCCAGCUGAUGAUCCCAGUGAACACUGAGACCUUAGAUUCUCUCCUGGAGAAAAAGAUCAAGGAAUUGGGCUGUGGAGGUGAGUGUACCUCCACUGUGACUAGGACUCUCUCCUGCACUAGUGUGACAGAUAGAAGCAGACUAGCCUCCUGUCCUGCUGGGAUGGCUGUCACUGGCUGUGCUUGCGGCUAUGGCUGUGGAUCAUGGGACAUCCGCAAUGGAAAUACUUGCCACUGUCAGUGUUCAGUCAUAGACUGGACCACUGCCCGCUGCUGCCAACUGGCCUGAGAAGGAGGAGGCUGACAACCCAGUUUUGAAAUGACGACUAUAUCCAAACUGCAAUCUCAACUUGGACACCUGGCUCAUGUCCCCUUAAUGAAUUCAUAUUACCCAGUAAUCCUGCUUCUUGGAAAAUAAAGACAAAAUUUCACCUGCC